AUGGACCGCUCACGAAAACGCGAGUUGCUAUCGCUCAACCAACGCGCGUGGGAUAAUGAACCUGAUAUCUUCCCUGUCAACCCGUCUCUCGACUCUUCUUUGAAGAAGAAUACCGCAUUCAUUAAGCGACUACGUACCGCAAUUACUCCUGCGACUCUGAACACGUUCCUACAAGAAAUACGUACCCUGAGCCUUCUGAAGUACCUAUCCGAGAUUAUCUCAGCCUGUUACGAGGGAUUAAGCAAGCUUAAAACCCCCGGAGAAAUCGAUGCGGCGAUCGAAAUUGUUAGCGCGCUACACCAACGGUUCGGACCCAGCGAGUUCACCGAAUACUUAGGAUGGCUCCUUGGCAAGGGGAUGGCGACACCAGACAAGAGUCUGCUAAAGUCUCUUGCCCCUGAGGUCCGCGAAAAAGAAGAGAAGGAACGACUCGUUCGACAACGAGCCCUUUUAAGAGUAAUCACUGAACUUUGGCUGGUGGGCGUUCUACGAACCCUUGAUGACGUCAAGCCAGACGAUGCAACCCGAGGCGCCAACGGAAAGAACGCCGAACUCAAGAUUAAGACGGCCAAUUCUACAAAGGGGGGCGGCGCUGAGCCUUUCCCCCUUGAGGUACUUAAGGAUCUUCUGGGCCAUGAUCGGGAGCAUACCAAUUUACCUCUCUUGGUCAUUUUCGUGAAAUCUUUCGGGUGGGAUAUUCUAGGAGUUAAAUCUGCUGGAUCGGAAGGCCGUAAGAUUGUAGAAGAGGAUGGUGCAACAAAGUCCACCGAGGAUAACUCCGAUCGAUCUGAGAAACGAGAGGAUGCUGGCGAUGUCAGUUCGGAUGAUCCCCCAUUUGCCAGCUCCGAGUUACAAGAACGAUUCAGGAAUAUUCUGAAACGGUAUUUCGAGGACGUCAAAGCUCAUCUUAUCAGAGAUCAGAAGAACAUUGUUACACAACGAGGCAGAAACUCGGAGGCGUAUGUCAAGUCCGGUGAGGUGUUCGAAGAUCGCCAGGCCAACUUCGAACGACAAGUAAAAGCACAAGAACGUCUCGUAAGCAAUGCUCAGGUCAUCGCCGAUGCGAUCGGUACUGAGAUGCCAGAUCUCAAGGAAACAGGCGAUGGCUUUUCAACCACUAAUGGAGCCAUUGGGCUAGUAAAGACCGGGGAGUACCUUCGUGGACAGAGCGAGGGCGCGGGCAUCUGGGAAGAUGAGGAUGAACGCCGUUUUUACGAAAAUUUAGUGGACCUAAAAGGCAAAGUGCCUGGCAUCUUACUUGAGGAUGGUAAAAAGAAGAAGACCGAUACAGAUGAACAAGUUGGUAAAAGGGCGGAUUCCGUCGACGCUACAGAGAUGUCUAAGGCGUCAGAAGCAAAUGAUGAUCAAUCGACUGCCAUUGCCAAUAAGACUAUCGGUGCACAGGUGGAUGUCCUACUCACUCGACUACCCGAGCUUACGCACAAGGAUGCCGUUGACCAGGCCGCCAUUGACUUCUGUUUUCUGAAUUCGAAAGCAUCCAGAAAUCGGCUUGUUAAGGGUCUCACCGAAGUACCGAAGAGUCGUACGGACCUUCUUCCGUUCUGGUCUCGACUUGUAGCCACGCUCGGGCGAUACAUGCCGGACGUCCCCAAAGGAGUAGUAGAGUAUCUCGAUGCCGAGUUUCGCAGUCUUCAGCGGCGUAAGGAGAAAGAUUUCCUUGGUCAAGUACGAUUAAGUAAUAUUCGAUACCUCGCCGAGCUCACGAAAUUCGGUAUUGUCCCUGAACACGUCGUUUUUCAUUGCUUGAAAGUUAGCCUUGACGACUUUUCACGAAUGAAUAUCGAGAUCAUCUGUAAUCUCCUAGAGAACUGUGGUAGAUAUCUACUCCGUAACGCAGAUACAUCUCCGCGCAUGGCAACGUUCCUAGAAACACUUCAACGCAAGAAGUCCGUUCAGCAUAUCGGUCAGCCGGAGCGUAUGCUCAUUGAAAACGCAAUAUACUACGUUGAUCCACCGGAGAGAGCAUCGAUUCAACAAAAGGAGCGCACCCCCACUGAGUUGUUCAUACACAAACUAGUAUACGUUGACCUAACGAAACGUAACUAUACCAAGGUUCUUAAGCAGAUCCGUCGACUCCAUUGGGAGGAACCUGAGGUAGUGGCCAUCUUAACGAAGGUGUUUUCAAGACCUGCCAAAGUUAAGUACGGCAGUAUCCACAUUCUCGCUAUAUUGCUCAGUGCCAUCUAUCGUUAUCAUCCGGACUUUACUGUUACAGUGAUCGACAAUGUUAUCGAAUCUGUGAUAUUCGGACUUGAGCAGAAUGAUUUUAAAUUCAAUCAAAGACGUAUUGCUGAAGUCAAGUACCUGGGAGAACUGUAUAAUUAUCGAAUGCUGGAGCAUCCCGUGAUCUUCGACACUAUGUACAAGAUCAUGACUUUCGGUUACGGCGGCGCACCUAUUCCCGGACGUCUCAAUCCUUUCGAUCUACCUGAUGACUAUUUUAGAAUUCGUCUGGUGGCUACGAUGCUUGAGACCUGCGGAAUGUUUUUCAACCGAGGUGCUGCGGGGAAGAAGCUAGAUUAUUUCCUUUCCUUUCUUCAGUACUACAUACACACAAAGCAACCUCUACCGAUGGACAUUGAAUUCAUUGUUCAAGACACAUUUUCUCUUACCAGGCCCCAGUGGAAGUUAGCAAGCACCCUAGAAGAAGCCGCAAAAGCAUUCCAACUUGCGGUAGCCCAGGACCAGAAAAAUGCCGGCUUGGACAAAGGCGCCGAUCAAGAUGAGGCUUCUAGCGGUACCUCUUCUGACGAUGACGGUGGCGAUGGUGAUGGCGACGGUGACGGUGACGGUGACAUUGUACUCCCUGAGGCUGACGGCGAUGGCGACUCAGAGCUUGGAGAGGAAGAUGAUGCUGAGGACGCCGAGAACCAGCUAGAAUCACCUGACGAUUUCGAAUCCGAGGAGGAAGCAAUAGUAGUGACUAGAAAGACCGAAGAAGUUGAUCCCGAGGAUGAGGCGGAUUUUGAACGUGAGUAUGCGAAGAUGAUGGCUGAAAGUUUAGAAUCUCGGAAAUUUGAUCGCAAGAUCAUGUUCGACGCGCCUUUACCCAUCAGACCCAAAACUCGCGACGUUUCCUCGACAAUAGAAACGGAAUCCGCAAAUAAUGAGGGGCCAUCUAGCACGAUGGCGUUCUCGCUUUUGACAAAGAAAGGCAACCGCCAACAGACACGAACUGUUGCCCUUCCUUCGGAUUCGACUUUUGCCGUCGCCAUGAAGACCCAGCAGCAAGCAGAGAGGGAAGAACAGCAGCGUAUCAAAAACCUGGUACUCAACUAUGACCUUCGUGAGAACGAAGACCCCGAUGGUGAUACCCAUAUGACCCCAAUAGUCCCGAACGCAAAUAUUCACGAUUCUACUCAUUCAGGUCACGAAAAGUCAUCCUCCUACCAUCCCAGCCGCUCUGAUAAACCCAACAAGGAGCGUAGCGGACAGCGCGUCCGCAGAUUACAACUUAGUGAUGUUGACUGGUACGGUAGAUCCCAAACAAAUCGAAAUGACGUCGAGCAAAACAGUGGAGACCCUAAAGGUCUAGCUGCCAGCGAGACUAUUGAUGGCACUGAAUCUACUCCCAACCGAGUGGAUGGAAGUAGACUAAAUAACCGCCAGCCUCCUUCCGCUCAAUCCAGAACCCGCCUACAAUCUCGGCGAGGACGCGGAAAGCGCUAG